AUGGCGCUUGAUGAGUUGACUCCCAGCAUUGACAUUGAGGACUUCUUUAUUCAUAUUACUGAGGCCACUGAAGAUGACGGCUGGAUAAAUGUUCAGGAUCGAUUUGAGGACAGCACACUGGAGCAUGACGGCCGCAUCUGCUACAGAUUUUCGGGCUGUGGUUCUUGCAUGACACGACUACAAUUUGUCGUGGACACUGGGCUACCUGCCUCCUCCCUGCUGAUUCGACCGGAAGUUUCCAUGCAGUCCAUCACCCAGGUGACAGGGCUGCUGGCUGUCGAGUGGCAGGAGCAAGUGAGCCCUGGUGAUGCCAUAGUGCGAGUCAGCGGAAAGGAGCAUGAGGCAGACUCUCUCCGUCUCUAUUCAAUGCGUCAAAUUCUAGAAAGCCCAUCACAGCUUCAUGAGGAAGGAGAAGAAGGGCCUGACACUCCAAAGGAGUCGGAAUGGGACGCCUACUUCGCCAGGAUGAUUGUGCGAAGAGACGUCCCAGAGCCUGGCAUGGCGGCCAUGUUGGUCUUGCCUCUUGGGCGACGCCACACUGUCGUGUUUCAGGUUGGUCCAGUCAAGGCAUAUACUUUAACAGUUCAGCCACAUUCCCAGCCUGGUAAGGUGAUCGUUUCGCACGUCAUGUUUCUGCCCUUCUCUGCAUACCCCGUGUGGGCCACGCGACACUUUUCCAGCCUUGCCAGACUGGAAAAAGGACGCUUUGAAACAUAUGUGCAGGUGCAGGAUCUGCCAAGGCUUUGUGCUUUAGACAAGUCAUACUACACUAUCUUACACCUGAGAGGCUGCAACAGAGGCGUGCCACUGUUGCCUGUGCUGGAUGAUGCAGAAGUGCAGGCUAUCAGUGAAGUUGACGGCAGUGCCUGUGUGCUCAUCACAGGUGAGGAUGGUGUUGAUUCGUAUUGGACCAGAUGGACAGAUCAGAAUUUCACUUUCCGUGCAUACCUCCAAGAAUUCUUGCGUCGAAGCGGCAUACAUCUCAAUGUACAUACUGAAUUGAGUGGUAGGAAGUUGGUGCCAUAUCAGGUCGCGGUGUCCACUUCUGAGUGGGAGGCUUGCAAGCAAGAUGUGCUGGCGGCUUUCCACAAGCAACAGCGCGCUUACAGACGUAUGAAUGGAGGAGUAAGUGCCCCAAGAGUGGGAGAGGCCGCGGAAGCUCGUUUCCAACAUAUUGAACCGCGACCCAAGAAGCUGUGCUUUGCAUCAACAAGCGCGGAUGUCAUUGUGCGGCGGACCUUUAUCGACAUGUUGGAUUCUGAAUGGACCGAAUCUGGCUCGCGUCAAGGAUGGGUGGCAGCCUACAACCAAGUCGGUGGCGCUUUGAUUAGAGCCUCCAGCGCGGAGUUCUGA